AUGCAGGAACUGGCAUUCCCGCGCCGAAAAGGGAUCCUCACCCCGGUAUCGGUGUUAGUGCUGCUGAUACUAUCAUUGGUCGAUUUACCCUCUGCAAACGGAUCUUGCGAGUUUCCAUCGAGUUGGUCGGGAGAAUGGUUUCAAUACGGCAAGCCUCUAUCAGUCAUUAUAAACAGUACCGUUCUCGGAGAACGAAUGUGCGUCGAAAGAAUGGAUGACAAAUAUAUUACUUUUUUCAGCAGUGAAAGCUGUUAUCACUGUAUGAUCAUCAACAGGCGCCAUGAGAACGUUAUUCAAUAUCGCGAAACAAGCUGGUGCAAUCAGGAACGAUUGCGUUUGGAAGAUAUGUGCUCGGAUAUUACUUCGGACGAUAUGCUCUAUUCGAUGUUUCGUGUGAACUCGAAACCGAUAUCUUGUCCAUUUAGCGGGGCAUCGUUCACAUUCACGUACAAUCGAGGUUACGGCGAGUGUGCUAUGCCUAUAAGUCUCGUGGAGAAAUGUACUGACGAGAGCAAACUCCUCCUCAAGUACCAGGCUUGUCCGGACGUCGCGGGAACCGAGAGUAACACCGAAGAAUUACAAUGCCUUGCCAGUUGGAACGAUGGUCGAAAUAAAUAUCUCGUAGGAACUUUAAAAGAAAGGAGCGCACUGAAUGACGCAAAAACCUACAGAUGUUUCUUGUACGAAGAAAAGUCUCAUCAUCAAGGAAAGACGAUUUAUUUACUUGCACAGUCUGGCGACCCGACUUGCAAUGGUCUAACCACAGUUUCCGAAGGUUCACCCACUAUAAAACUUAUUAAAGUUGACAAAGAGCACAGUAGAUGCAAAUAUCCUGCCUGGGUAACUCAGCACCAUGAUUGGCAUUCUCUCAGUGGUAUGAAAAGCUAUCACUUUACAAACAAGAAUGCGACGUUGAGAGUAAAGAUGCAAGUACAGAAUACUGAUGGUGAAAUCUUCCACGAGGAAAAAAUCGUUUGUCAUAAUUUGGAGAAGCUGUACCCGAAUGACAACAUGCAAGGGAAUAAAGUGAAACUGAUUGCUCAUGUCACCAGCGGCUGCGAUAUUGGUUACGUUUGCAUGAUAUUUCACAAAAGAGACGGUCAUAUCAUCGAGAUACAGCAGUCAGAUCAAAAGGCAAUUAUGCCAGACGAAGCGUGCUCAAUCUCGGAUCCCUCCACGAUGCCGUAUACGACUUUAAUAACCACAUCCUUGUAUUCGAGAAGAUGUCCUAAUUCAGGACAGUAUGAGAUUCUGGAUUUUGCUUCGUCGGAUGCAAUGUCAACCGCCGUAUCGAGUCGGCAGCAACGUAGCGAGGUAUCGAGGACGACCAUGAGGCGAACUUGGCAGGACAAUGAAGACGAGAAAUGCAGAAGUACUGAUAUUCAAAUAGGCUGCACCUCGUACGAUCAAUCUGAAAUUAUAAUCGGCAAUACGUGCGAACAAGAAAAGAUUGCCUACUCUUGUCACGGCAGCUGGGAAGAAAAAGGAAUGUGGUAUACGAUAGCGUCGCAACGGAAUUCUGAAAUCCCUGGCAGUCCAGGACAAACGUUUUGUUUUUCUAUGCUUCUCGAGAACGUUAGAGACAAAGGCAGUAGACAGAAGCAAGAAAAAGAAUUAUGGUUGUCGAGGCCAUCGCGUACUUGUCAAAGAGAAGUAAAAAAUGAAUGGACGUAUAGACUGUCCAAUCAAGGAAUGUGCGAGGUCUUAAUGAAGGAUUCAAACGCAGCGUCUGCUUCGUCGUUGUCCCAGCUUCUGUUUAUUUUACAUAUAGCAGCUUACGCCGCUAUUAAUACGCUAUGCGUAUUACUUUUGAGAUGA